AUGGAUGGAAUCACAAUAGAUGACCGAUCAUUCGGGGCUUUGAAGACUUACCAGGUAUCUCAAGAUCCUGCGCUUAUUGUGCACCAGGCCGUAAGCAGCGAUGGGGGGCAUUUGAUGAUAGUGAAGAGGCCGUCUCACCUCGAGACGAACACGGAUGUAGAAGCGCAUCUGAAACUCGAGCUAUGGAAUAUAUCGAUGGGCGGACCACCGUUUAUGAAGAGCUCUGGCUCUAUUUUCAUGGAAAGUGGGCUUCAUUCAACACCCAGGGUGGUCUUCUCAGAUGAUCUCCGCAUCGUUCUUAUUAGUGAUCAGCUAUAUCGCAUCUCCUUGGAUGGCGGACCACUAUCAAUCACUGCAGUGCAUGGUCGUAUACCAGCUGAAGACAAUCCAGACACUGUUCGAUGGGUUGUCCGCCACGACGAACUGCUCUUCUUGGCCAGAGUUGACACUACAUUUUUUGAUCAAUGUCGGGAAGAUGACGUAAGUCUUGAGCGUAACAUCCAGCAAGGAGCACCAGACACAAAUACCAACAAGUCAUUCUCGCUAUGCAAAUUGUGUCUCCGUGAACAUUCCCCGCCGGGAUUGUACGUCUGCGACAUUUGCUACGUCCCUGAUGACAGAAUCGAGAUAUGCCGUGGCUGCGUUUGCCAAGGCCUCUGGUGCAGAGACACGACACAUAUUCUGACGGCCAAGUCCAAUUACAACCGUACACUGAGCUGGAGGAACACUCACACAUUGUCCAAGAUUGAUUUGAGGAAUGAUGCAAACACAUCAACAGAGACGUCUCUGUUCUCAACGCGUAUUGGAAGAUCGAUCGAAAGCUGCCCCACUGUCAACAAAGACACUGAGCAGCUGCUGUGGUUCAUUGAUGCAACUCACAUAUUGGCGUGCGACUACAAGACUGGGAACAAUUCAUUUCAUGCCGUACGAAAUGUUGAUCCAGAACAUGUCACAUAUAUUUACGCCGCUUGUAUUAGCUCGUAUCUAUUCUCAUUCUCGAUCGAGAAACGCGAUAGUGCCAUUAUCAUUCGUUCUGAUUCUUUUCGGAUCAUUGACUCUGGUACCAAAAGAAUCGUGCAGUUAGAACGCUUUUGGACCAAUGAGGCUCGACUUCCAGCAAUUCAGAAGAGCUCAAAAGUUGCCAUAUCAACUCCUACAAGCGUUCUUGGGGCGCGCAUGGCUUGCUACAUAGCUGCUAGUGGUCAAAUUGUCUACCAGCCACUUCCCUGCAGGAUUAUUUUCCGCAAAGGACAAGAGCUUCCAGGAAGUCUGCCAUCUGCGAGACCAAAUGUAGUGACGAUAGUAAAGUCCCCAGUACGUACACAAAAUGCUAGUACAUGGCGACACCUUUUCGAAAUCCCUUCAUCACUAUCUUGCAAAUACGCUACUACAUACUACUUUCCCGGCCACACUGACGAACUUGGCACUCGUAGAGGAACGAGUGUGGUGCUUCUGGCUUUACCAGAGCUCAAUCAGUUGCCUGUCAAAGUAGACCUCGACUUACCUAAUGAUCAGUCCCAACCUUGCGAUAGCCCCAUGGAGCCACUUGAUGAAAGCUUCACCGUUCAUGAAAAGAGACAACGCAAGGAGCAAGUCGAGAAGCGCCUUGUACAAGAGCCAGAAAAAGAACAAAUGACAAGCUCGAUUGGCCAUUACACUCUUCGCAGAGGGACUCUUUGUCGUGCUUGUAGUGGAGUCUUGGGGGACUCAUCGCUUCUCAACACAUCCGAUCAUUGGGAGCCUACCUCAAUAAGGAAGUUGGACGGGUUCUUCCAUGGGACCGGCUCAAAAAAGUCUUCAGAGAAUUCCAAGCUGAUACCCGGACGAUCAGUUUUCCGAGUGAAUGCAGUAUCUGACGACACGGAAGAUAACAAUGAAGGCACUCUGCAAGAGUCCGACAUUUGCGCUCUAGAAGACAGGCGGGGUACAAAUCAGCAAACAACGCAAUCGCAUGGAUACCAUGAAUAUCAGGAGCUGACAGGUGCCGAUAUAAACUCAGAUGUUCAUCAGAGGUUCUUAUAUGAGCACCACGCACAUCAUCCAUCUCUUGUUGAAUUUGCAAAAGCAAUACUUGAUGGCUGUCAUCUUUGCAGUCUGUUUCUUGAUGGCUUAGGAGACGGCCAACAGGGAGUAGUACAAGACCUGCUCAACGCUCAUGGUAGAGGGGUCUUUGGAAUGACCACGGACCAUAACCAAACGGAUUCCAAACUCAAGGUUCCUGAAGCCAACUAUGCAAAUGUCAAAGCUCUACUUUCCAGCAGGAAUGAUAUCAAAUGGGAGCGAUGCUCCACAAAUCUGGUACUGAGAAUCAAAACAUCCGCCCAUGGUAAGACCGCCAACCUAAAGUUGUGUCUUUACAAAUACCUUGAUGGAGAUGACAUUAAGCCGGCAUUCCGAGCCCGUAUCAGGAUGGGAGUCCCGGACAAGUACCAGAAUGGGAAUCAGGGUUCCAGCGCCUCUCUUCAACAACAAGACAACCUGAAGUGGUUUGAAGAUCCGAUUACUGAUCCUAUGAGAUACACUGGCUCGCCCCUCGCCAUGGACUCUUGUCGUCGUUGGCUUCGGCAAUGUUGUUCAUCCCAUAGUUGUGUACCGCCAGGCAUCACUUCUCUGCCACCAACUCGUGUCAUUGACGUGGGCUCUCCCGAUGGAAAUCGACCACCGCACUUAUACAUCACAUCAGCUGUCAAAGACGCAGGAAUGAUGUAUUUGACCUUGAGUCAUUGUUGGGGACGGAAUAACUCAUUCGAAACUCUGACAACGGACAAUCUUGAAAGGUGGACCCAAGGAUUUCACCUGGAGACGCUUCCCCAGACUUUCCGUGAUGCAGUUUUGAUUUGCAGAUCGCUCAAUGUGAGAUACCUGUGGAUAGACUCCAUGUGCAUCAUUCAGAAAGGCGACAACCUGGAAGAUUGGAGGCGCGAGGCACCAAAAAUGGCUGCAGUCUAUAGUAACUCACUUUGCACCUUGGCUGCGCUGUCGUCAACGAGCAUGUCAUCAGGAUGUUUUGCAGUACGAAACUCACUGAGAUAUGAGCCACUACUACUUCGAAGCAAAGAAGAGGGAGGCUUGAACUUUUUGGCUCCACGACGUGUAUACGGAGCCAGUGGCGGUGCGAAGACCGCAGAGAAAGUCCACCAUCUCAACUCGCGAGGCUGGGUAUUCCAGGAGCGUAUGCUCAGUCCUCGCACACUAGGAUUUUCAUCUGACGGCAUCUCGUGGGAGUGCGAUGAUCUGCAUGCCACUGACAUAUACCCCCAGGGUAUCAAACAAAAGGACUUCUUCUCAUCCACCGACUUUAUGGGCAAACACCAUUUCAAGGAGUUAACCAUGCCGCUUCUGAGACCCUUGAUUGACAGCACAUAUCGCGCCUCAUUUUUGGUGGCAUGGUAUGAGUUAGUGGAGGAAUAUUCCAAGUUGGGCUUGACCAAUGCCAGCGACAAGCUUAUAGCUGUCGCUGGUAUCGCUCAGGUCAUCCAGAAAGCCACCAGGUUCGAGUGGUAUCAUGGUCUUUGGUACGAUGCUAGCGACCCACAAAUGUUCUUGUCCCAGCUCCUCUGGACCUCGCCUCAUCCACGACAUUAUGACGAAUCUUCGGUUGGUGGACCUAUCAACACAAACGCCCCGAGCUUCAGUUGGGCAAGCAUAGGCUCUCAAGCCGAUCACCGCAUAACUUUCCACGCCCGCUUCAUCAACUUGAACGCCACUUCUGACGGCGAUUCGAGGCGCAACUAUUACUGGUUGCCGUUGGUCAAGCAACAAGACGGCGGUCAGUAUUCCUUUGUCGAAUGCAUAUCACAAUUCGGAGUCAUGGAUGUCCAUGAGGCUCCUAAAAACACACUGAAGAAGCAUCUUAAUGACCCUUCAGAAAAGAUGCUCCUGGACUUCAGGACCGAGGUCUUACACCUCGGAGAACCCUUUGAUGUUGAUAAACAGUCGGUGGAUAGCAUGCUUCCACCUCUAAUACUACGAGGGCACGUCAGGGAUGUCACAUUGGUCAGGGCCGACACUCGCCAAAACCUUUGGAAAUAUCCAUGGGCAGAGGAGCAGGAGAAUUCCAGUGGCAAAGAUGAUGGCAACGAUGAUCUCAGUCCCUUUAGUAAAACAGCAUGGUUUUUCCCAGACUCGUGUCCUUGCAACAUAAGGGACGGAACUUCAGUAAAAUGUCUCACCAUUGCCCGGUGGCAAAGGUCUUGGGACGAGCGCUGGUUCUGUGCUGGCAUUGUUCUAGUAUCAACCAAAUUCAGCGCACACAUUACUAUCGGAGGCGUCACGGAAAGUACACGGAUCUUCACCCGUGUCGGGUACUUUGAGCACUCUUGGAAGUCUAGGAGCUCAGAUUGGGAGAAUGAUGGGGAGAGGAAACUUAUUCCGUUGAUUUGA